AUGUAUGGCUCGUUGGGUAUUGUUGGGUUUGUGUCAGGGUGCGUGUUUUACGCAUGCUUUUACCCUGGUCGAAAGAGCACAGUGAUGGAGCGAGAAGUCAUUAUCGAGGGCACAGAACCUUGGCCUAGGUAA